AACUCCACCAAUCAUCGCUCUCCUUCUCGCGCCAAAUACAAAACCACCACCUUCCCCUUUCUCGUUCUGUCUCCUCUCACUCUCACACUCACAGGGUUUGUGCAAUGGCGGAUGCACCAACGAGCCCAGCGGGUGGAAGUCACGAGAGUGGGGGCGAGCAGAGUCCACGGGGUUCAUCGUCUGGUGCGAGGGAGCAAGACCGCUACCUUCCCAUUGCUAACAUCAGUCGCAUCAUGAAGAAGGCGUUGCCACCCAAUGGCAAGAUUGCGAAGGAUGCUAAGGACACUAUGCAAGAAUGCGUUUCUGAAUUCAUUAGCUUCAUUACCAGCGAGGCGAGUGAGAAGUGCCAGAAAGAGAAGAGAAAGACCAUUAAUGGAGACGAUUUGCUAUGGGCGAUGGCCACUUUAGGAUUCGAAGACUAUAUUGAACCCCUUAAGGUGUACCUACAAAGGUACAGAGAGUUGGAGGGUGACACUAAAGGAUCUGCUAGAAGUGGCGACGGAUCUGCCAGACGAGAUCAAAUUGGCCAUGCAGGUCAAAAUGCUCAGCUUGUUCAUCAGGGUUCGUUGAACUAUAUUAGUUCGCAGGUGCAACCACAGCAUCUGGUUAUGCCAUCAAUGCAAAGUCAUGAAUAGAUUAGACGUUUCUAUGCAUCUCUUUUAUUUCACUUCAAUGCUUGUACGAAUGGCAUGGAUGGAAACAACGGUUUGAUGAUUUAUAAUUUAGGUUCUUGAAUAGAAGGCAUGGGUGUCAGAAUUUCGUUGCGGUACUCGUGGAUUUUUUAUAAUACAUUUAGCUGCCUUACCAAUUCAUGGGAGAGAUAUGUGUGGGGAUUUGCAUGUGAUUCACCAUG